AUAAGAAGAAGCAUUAUUGUUGUAGUAUUUGUACGCCGAGUGUUUAUCGUAUAAUGUGUCGUCGUGGUCAAAUAUUUUUUUGUGCAUUUCUUAUUAGUGGUUGGUGUGCUUUAACAUCUGCUGAGUUGUCUCCGGCUGAAAGUAAUAAUACGAAUUGUAAUGAUGUCGGUGACUGUCCAUCAAUAGGCACAGAUUGCAAGGAAAAAUGCGGUUGUGAUCAAAAUAUCCCAACUACUUUUAAUAAAACUACCCAGGAAUGUACAAUAAACGUACAAUUGUUAAUCCUGUCAUUAAAGGAGAAAUAUAAUACGGAAGCUAAAAUUCGAGCGGAGGCUGAUAGACUAUUUAAAGGCGUUGUAGUUGCCGCCUUUCUUUUCAUUGCGUGUGCCAGCGUCUGCACUUUAAUUGCGUGCAUUUAUUGUUGCAGAAUUAAUUACACAGAUUAUCAACUGAAGAAAAGUAUCAAAGUGCUGGCGAAGAAGACGGGAAAAAAGUCUCAAAUAAUCAAACCCGCCAAGGUCCCCACAGAACAAGUGGCACAGAGUUGCAAUGUUGUUGUAGAAGAUGCCGGUAUAUUCUGUGUUUAAAACGAAUAUUUGUUUGCAUUUCCUAUUAUGAUUGGAACUACUUUACGAUUGUUUAAAUAAUACGUUAAAAAAAAAAAUGUUUUGUGUGAUAAAAAUGUUUUAAACAAACGGAACGUUUUUAAUUCAUGGCAACCCGAAAUCUGACAGAUGAACUUCAGUCCCCAUUCAUUCAUUGUUUUGAGUUUGACAUUUACGACUGACGACUAAUAUUUCUACGUCCAUUCAUGACUUCUGUACUUAAUAAUUAUAAACAAGAGAGAAAUUUGUAUAUUACUAAUCCUGAAUUUAAUAAGCACGGUUUCAAACAGUUGCCAAAAUCCUCAAUCACUCAUAUUCUUAUGGUUAGCGUAAGUAUAAACUCUUAAUUACCUUGUAUUGAUUUAUUGUUUACUAUAAACAAAUCCAAUCAAACGCGUUCAUUUGUUUUUGUUAUUUUCAGUUGGAUCUUCAGCAACAGGUCAUAUAAUAUGAUAGAAAUUAGCUUAACAGAGUAUAUUAUCAUGACUUUUGGUGUUUUUCUAAUUUUGGCGUUGUUGUGCUGCCUUUGCUGCAUAUCUAUGAAGAUAAGUGACCUCCGGAUGAAGAGCUACAUAUUAGAAAUGGCGAGCCAGAAAGGCAUAGAGGUAGACCUAGACAAAAUAGAACCCAAAUACGCCUUACAGUCUUCACUUUCAAAUGAGAACUGCACAAUAAUUGUACCAGAUGUUGUUGUAGUCCUUUAGCUUAUGAUUUGACAAUGGAAAGGGCGUUUGGCCCUUCAGUAUGUUAAGCUGAGAUGCUCCAAGCGGUUAAGUGGAUGCUCCAAGCAGUUAAGUGAGGCAAGUGCGGUAGUCACUUUGAUGUACAGAAUAUAGAGGUAUUUGUACAAACUUUACAACCAUGACAGGUGCGAGAACAAGAAGAUUUGAGGAGAAUAGUGUGGGAAUGCUGUUGGGACAGUAUCCUACAUCUCCAACUCCAAGGAAUUCGGCCAAUGAAUGCAACAAGCGAUCUACAGUAUGCCUGUUCUUGGCUGUUCUUAUACUACAACUACAUGACAGGUACAAGAGUAUGUGCUAUGACAGAGAGAAGGAAGGUAUAAAUGUAGAUUAAUUUCUUGCCAAAAAUUGGAUAUGCUAAUAGCAUUGUCUUAUGGUAAUGCUAUUAAUUAUCUGUUCUGUGCCAAAGGAUUUGAGUAAGUACAUGAAAUGUACAUACAUUCAAGAGUAGUAUAAAGUUUUUAUAUAAAAUGGUAGGGGAACCUUUUAUAGCGAUCCUUAAUGCUCUUGACUACUUUAGAUUAGUGAAAGAUUUAUGCUGUCAAGUAGAAAGACUGGAAUUUUAGUGCUUAUAAGCUGAUACACACACAUACACUGAUUGACAUUGACAGGCUGAUAAAAUCCCUUUUUAGAUCUGCAUAAAUGUUUUGAAU